UUUAGAAAUAUGCAAUUAAUAAAUUAAAAAAAUCGAUAGAUAGUAUAUAAUAAUUAAAUCUCAUUAUGGCAAGCUUUUGGAAACAGCUUAGCUUGCUGCUGUGGAAGAAUUAUGCCAUCAGAAAGAGACAGAUAUUUCGGAAUUGUAUGGAAAUAUUGUGGCCACUCGCCAUCUUUUUAAUUCUUGUGUCUGUACGUCGUGAAAGACCCCCAGAGAAUGUUCCUCCAAGUGGGCAAUCAAUCUAUUUUGUACCUCGUGCUCUUCCAUCUGCUGGUGCCAUACCAUUUGUACAAUCUUUAUAUUGCAAUUUUAAAGACGUCAACAAGUUCUUAGCGAGUCCACAGGAACUUCCAAAAUUCACUAGCUCAGUCUUUUCUAAGUUUGCGAGUGAUCUCAGUCCAAUAUUAACCAACCAAACUAAACUGGGUUUAUUAAGAAAUAUUUCAGCCAACAUCAGUGCAUUAGUCAGCCAGAGCCUUGGUAUAUUUCGGAGCUUUAACCAAUCAGAAUUUCCUAUCACCGAUUUAUUGGGAGAUAACAGUGCUGCAGCUACCACGUUGCUAAAAUCGGCAGGCUUAAGCGAUUCUGUGGUUGCAUCUUUGAUUGGAAGCAAAGUAAAGUUUUCUGGUGCUGUUAAGUUCACAAGGAGCCUGAAUUUAGGAGAAAUUAGAAAAUUGGUUAGCAAUAGUAGCUUAUUAAUAACUACUUUCUUGGAAAUAGGAAAAGGUUUAUGCAAUAAUGAAACACUGUCCAUGCUACUGGAUUUCCCUAAAAAUGUGUCUUCGGCUGAUAUUAGUAAGGAAGUAUGCAACUUGUCACCUUUAAAUUUGAUCAUCCUGGGGAAUGGCAUAAGUCAAUACGUGAGUCAGCAUAGCAGCACCAUUAUUGCUGAAUUAAUGAACAUAACCAAAAUUGACAUGGAAACAAUUGAAAUGAUUGAGACUGAGAUUAAUGUUCUCACAUCAGAAUUUCAGGAACUUAGAGGUUAUGAGGGGAUUUUCAGUGAUGUUGUUGGGUUUAUUCGUGGAAAUGAUUCUGGUGCAGGAAUUCCUAGCAUUGCAAGAGAUUUUACUUUAAGAGAAUUUAUAUGUGGCAAAAAUGAUACAAAGAGCCACACAUCUAAAACAGGAAAUUCAACAACAACAGCACGUCCAACAACAACAGCAGGUGACACAACAAGCGAAACGACAACUAAAGCAACUUCAACAAGUCAAACAACAAAUAAACCAACUACAACACCCAAAAAAACUACUAAAGUCCAUGGUGGUGGAAAGGAUAAACAAUGUAAUCUUAUUCCUCCAUGGAGUAGAAGUGAUUGUGGCUGGGGUGGAAUAUCCGAAAGCCAAUGCCUUCGCCAAGGCUGCUGCUUUGAUAGCAGUAUAAAGAAAGCAAAAUAUUGUUUCUGUAAAACACUUAGCAGAAAUAGCUGUUGCAAUGUACGCAAUCGAUUUCUGACUCUGUUAUCCAGUGGGUCAGGUGGCUCGUCUGCAAUGUCUCAAUUCUUCACGCUGGCUUUACAAGGCAAGAUCUUGUACACACCAGAUAAUAACAAAACAAGGGAAGUAGUUGGAAGAAUAUCUUCAUUUUUGUCAUCGUUUUCAAGGGGAUUAAAGGCAGUUGCUAAUUUGAAACCACUUAUUAGUUAUGGCCUUAACAUUACAGAAAGCUUUGUCAGGAACAGACAGCAAUUGGAACAGAUUGAGUCUUUGGCAAAAAUUAUUUUGAACCUUAACAUUACAAGUUAUGAUCCACAGAUACAAAAAUCGCUACAAACGUUCGUCAGUUUUAUGAAGAAGAAUGAAAGAUAUUUAAACUCUUCAAUGAUUACAGAAUCACGAAUACAAUUUGUGAAGAACUACACAAAUUUAUUCCUCAUGCUUUUUGAUGAAUUAGAAGCUGUCACGCGCUGCUACAAUUUGUCAACUUUUUUCCAGCCAGUAAAAGAGGAAGAAUUAACAAAGUAUGCCACAAUCAAAUCAAAUGGAUUCUUUUUAUCAGCUAUUGUAUUUAACAAUCUUCACAAUGAUGCUCCAUACCCUAAGAGGCUAAGUUACACGUUAAGAUACAAUCCAGACUUUGCCCCAAGUACAGCUCGUACUAAAUCAAGAUACUGGAGACCUGGUCCAGGUCCCUGGGGCAGCACAGGAUUUUGGACCUUCAGAUACUUAAAUUUUGGUUUUGUAUUUUUGCAAGAUAUGAUUGAGAGAACAUUUAUAAAUAUCAUCACAAACAAGACUGUAUCAGAACCUGGUAUCUAUGUCCAACCAUUUCCAUAUCCAUGUUACAUCAAAGACCAGUUUAUUAACGGUCUGGGAAAUUUCAUGCCACUUUUCAUGACAUUGGCCUGGGUGUACACGAUUGCAAUGAUUGUUAAAAGUAUCGUCUAUGAGAAAGAACUUCGUCUAAAGGAAGUGAUGAAGGUUAUGGGAUUAACCAACACGAUACACUGGACUGCAUGGUUUAUAACAAGCUUCACUACCAUGUUCAUUGCAGUUGUUAUUCUCACAAUUCUGUUAAAGAUGGGAAACAUUCUGAUCUACUCCAAUCCUUUGGUUAUAAUUUUUGUACUCCUGAGUUUCACAAGUGCUUCUAUUGCAAUGGCUUUUUUGAUCAGUGUAUUCUUUUCGAAAGCAAACAUCUCUGCUGCAUGUGGAGGUAUCAUUUACUUUUUCACUUACUUGCCAUAUCCUUUGACUUUGUGGUAUGAAGAAACAAUGAACUUCAGUGAAAAAGGACUAGUUUCCAUGUUCUCUACUACUGCUUUUGGAUUAUCCUUUAAAUACAUCUCUCGCUGGGAAGAACAAGGGAUUGGAGCGCAAUGGUCAAAUUUCUAUAAGAACCCAAUGGUAUCAGAUACAUUUAGUUUGGGCUGGUCUGUGAACUUUAUGUUGCUUGAUACUGUUAUUUACUUCUUAUUGAUGUGGUAUUUUGAGCAUGUUUUACCUGGGCAGUAUGGAGUACCAAAGCCUUGGUAUUUUCCAUUUACAAGUUCUUAUUGGUUAGAAAAAGGAAGAAGGGCAAAAGUAGCAGCUCAAACAGAACAAUAUACUCACAACACCUACUUUAAAUAUGAAAAUGAGGAAGGUGAGGAUAUAGAUCCUGAAGAAUUACAACCACGAAAUGUUUUUUCAAAAAAAUUUGAGAAUGAUCCUGAUAUGAAAAUCGGUGUAGAUAUCAAAAACUUAGUAAAGGUGUACAGUCGUGGAAACAAAAAAGCAUUGGAUGGUUUAAACAUGAAAUUGUUUGAAAGUCAAGUUACUGCUUUGCUUGGACAUAACGGAGCUGGAAAAUCAACAACAAUGUCUAUACUUACUGGGUUGUUCCCUCCUACAUCGGGAACAGCUGUUGUGUAUGGACAUGAUAUAAAAACAGACAUUGAAGGUGUACGAAAAAGUUUAGGGCUUUGUCCUCAACAUAAUGUUUUAUUUGAUCAGUUGACAGUGGAAGAACACAUGUGGUUUUAUGGUAGAUUAAAAGGGAUGGGAAAAGAUGAAAUUCGUAAGGAGAUUGAAAGAUUUUUGGUUGAUGUUGGUUUGCCAAAAAAAAGGAAUGAACUAUCGUGCAAUCUUUCUGGUGGCAUGAAGCGAAAGUUAUCUGUGGCUAUGGCAUUUAUUGCUGAAUCAAAAACUGUGAUCUUAGACGAGCCAACCUCUGGAGUUGAUCCUUACUCAAGAAGAGGGAUAUGGGACCUAAUUUUGAAACAUAAGCAAGGAAGAACAAUCUUGUUGUCUACACAUUACAUGGACGAAGCUGAUUUAUUGGGAGACCGCAUAAGCAUUAUCUCCAAUGGCCAACUACAGUGUUGUGGUACACCUCUGUUUUUAAAGAGGUGUUUCAGUAAGGGGUAUUUCUUGGCUGUAACUAAAGAUGACGACAGUACAGCAGUAUUUGAUGCUGACGAAAUAACAAAGUUCAUCGCCUCGUUUGUGCCUGGUGCAAAGUUAAAUGAAAACUUUGGAACCGAAUUAACUUUUAUACUACCAUCUUCAGCCAGAUUAACUGGGGAAUUUGCAAACUUGUUUGAAAACUUAGAAGGGAGUUUGAAAACGCUUGGUGUUAAAAAUUAUGGAAUAUCUGAUACGACUUUGGAAGAGGUAUUCCUCACAGCUUGUGAAGAUAAAAUAGAUCAUUUAGAUGAUGAUACUGUUUCAUUAACUGGUCCUGUUCAGUCACGCAGACAUACAUUUAGCGAUACAGUUAGUAUAAGUUCGAUAAACUCACGAAGUGAACUUGUUUCAGAAUCAGACACGCUUCCCACCAUUGAUGAUGUGUGCGAGCAAAGUCGUUCUUGGGGACCUCUGUUAUGGUUCCAACAAUAUAAAGCCAUCCUAAUCAAAAGAUUUCAUCAUGCUCGCAGAAGCAAGAAAGGGUUUUUCUCACAGAUAUUGUUGCCAGCUAUAUUCAUCAUAGCAGCAAUGAGGGUCUCAAUGAUUCGUCCUUCAACAGAUAUGCCUUCAUUGGAGUUGUCAACAGCAAUGUUCGAUAAGCCAAGCUACGUUGUUAUUGAUAAUAUUAAUGUGAAUAAUUUUUCAGAAAAAUUGAUGAGUGCUUAUGUGAAGUCUCCCAGCUUAGGUGGUGGCCAUUGUGUUAAACUAGCAAAUUGCGCUGCGAAAAACAUUCAACCUUUUUACCACCGUGUACGCGGUGUACAAAAGAAGAAAAUUUAUUCCAACUGCUCAUGUUCAUCUGGUAAACAGAUGUGUCCAAAGAAUGCUGCUGGUCCCCCUCCUCCUUCAAAGGUAGUGGACACUGGGGACACCGUUCAAGACGUGACUGGAAGAGAUAUGAAUGAUUACUUGCUAAAAACAACAGAUGAUUACAUUAGACAAAGGUUUGGGGGUGCAACAUUUGGUGAAACUCUGUUUCAACUACCUGAUCUUAAUAUGAGUGAUUUUGCUUUGGCAUCGAGUAUUGGUGUACGAAGAAAUGUCAAGGUUUGGUAUAACAACAAAGCAUACCACGCGCUCCCAACAUUCAUCAACGCUAUGAAUAACGCGAUUUUAAGAGCAAACCUAAACACGACAGAAAAUCCUUUAGAAUAUGGUAUUGUAGCUAACAGUCAUCCAAUGGAUUUUAAUGAAGAACAACUUGAAGAUAAAGUACUACGUGAUGGCAUUACAAGCCUUUUUGUCGCCAUCUUUGUUAUCUUGGCGCUCGCCUUUGUACCUGCAAGUUUUGUGGUGUACUUGGUUGAAGAUAGAGUGAGCAAGUCAAAACAUUUACAGUUGGUGAGCGGUGUGAAUCCGAUCGUUUACUGGAUGGCAAAUUUUUCUUGGGAUUUAAUAAAUUAUCUCAUUCCAGCAAUGUGUUGCAUUAUUAUCUUUCUGGCUUUCAAUCAACAGGCUUAUGUCUCGUCGGAAAACAUAGGACCAACACUGGCCUUGCUAUUUUUGUAUGGGUGGUCGAUGACACCAUUGAUGUAUCCCUUCUCGUUUUUCUUUGACGUGCCAAGCACAGCUUACAUUGUGCUGAUUGCUAUGAAUUUAUUUGUCGGAACCAUAGGAACUCUUGCAACGUUCAUUUUGGAAUUCUUCGGCGCCGAGGAUGAGAAACUCAAAAACAUUAACACAAUAUUAAAACGGGCUCUCCUCAUCUUUCCGAAUUAUUGUCUCGGGAGAGGUCUGAUGGAUGUUGCUGGCAAUCAAAUCAAAGCCGAUUCUUACAGCAGAGUUGGUCAGAACAAGUUCGUGGAUCCAUUUGAGUGGGAGAUGAUUGGUAGAAAUGUAUUCGCCAUGUUUUUGUGUGGCAUACUCUACAUGAUAGUGACGAUUUUGUUUCAAUACCGAUUCUUCGUCAAACCCUGGACGUCAAAAGUGAGUUCAAAAGAGAAGAUAAACGAAGAAGAAGAUGUAGCGAAGGAAAGAAAGCGUGUGUUGGAAGGUGAAGUUGAUAAAGAAGAAAAUGUAGUGCUGAAAACUACAAACCUGACUAAGGUGUACAAGAGCUUACUUGGAAAAAAGAAAACGUUAGCUGUAGACCGACUAAAUUUGGGUGUACAGAAAGGGGAGUGUUUUGGUUUACUCGGUGUGAACGGAGCAGGAAAAACAAGUACAUUUAAAAUGAUGACUGGUGAUAGUGCUAUUACUGCUGGUGAUGCGUUUGUGAAAGGUCACAGUGUUCGUACUAACAUGAAUUCAGCUCGUCAAUACAUGGGAUAUUGUCCACAAUUCGACGCCCUUGACGAACUGUUGACAGGAAAGGAGUUGCUGUUUUAUUAUGCUCAAAUACGUGGCAUGUCCAGGAAAGACAGUGUAAAGAUGGCUGACUGGGCAAUCGAGACUCUUGGUCUUACGCCCUACAAGGAUAAAUUGUGUGGUGAUUACAGCGGAGGAAACAAACGCAAACUAUCGACAGCGAUUGCUCUACUUGGAAGUCCACCACUUAUAUUUUUGGAUGAACCUACCACAGGUAUGGAUCCUGGUGCACGUAGAUUUCUUUGGAAUGUUGUGUCUGGACUUUUGAAAGCUGGCAAAUCUGUUGUGCUGACGUCACACAGCAUGGAAGAAUGUGAAACGUUAUGUACAAGACUUGCUAUCAUGGUAAACGGUGAAUUCCAAUGUCUUGGAAGUCCUCAGCAACUUCGAAGCAAAUUUGGUACUGGAUAUACAGUGAUACUUCGCGCCAAGCUCCCAUGCAUAGCCAGCGUUCAAGAUUUUAUUCUAGCUAACUUCACAGAUGCCAAAUUAAAAGACCAUCAUCACUAUAUGCUGGAAUACCAAAUUCCAACAACUGAUUUAUCUUUGUCUCAAGUAUUUCAAAAAUUGGAAAUAUUAAGAAAAACGGAUACAAUUGAAGAUUACUCGGUCACGCAAACAACACUAGAUCAGAUAUUUGUCAAUUUUGCUCGCGAACAAAUCGAAGCUGUCCAAAUUGAUGACAAUGAUGGUAGUGAUCCUGUGGACACAUCAAUAGCAUUAGCUGACAUGCCACCCAAUCAAGUGGUAGUUUAACCCUCCCGAGCAUCUUAUGCACCCAGGCACCACAGAAUUAACACAAAGCAUGUAAUAUAAUUCUCGUAUCGUUGACUAAGGGUUUUCUUAUGUUUUAUCACAUGUUUUUUAAAGGCUUUUGUUUUUAAACUCAGUCUCAAUACACUUACCUAGACUCGAAAUCUGUCUAAAAUCUUAAUUCUCCUUGAUUUUAACCCAAUUUGAGUGGAGGGCCUAAAAAAAAUCCACUUUUAUUCAAAUAAUUUCCAAAGCAUACUGUUUCAAGGGUAUAAAGUUUGAGUAUUCCUUAAUUUUAGCUAGCUUCAAGACAGUCAAAAAAAUUAGCUUGAAGUAUCUUUAUUAGGAAUUGCAAAGUCAUGUUUUCCCUUUUUAAUGCGUUUAUCAGUGAGUGUUUAUCAGUGAGUGUUUUUCUUGUUGCGAAAUUGGGUUUUUUCCGAUGUUUUAGCCUUUUCAUGUUUUGAAAUAUAUGAUGAUGACGAUGAUGCUAUCUCUUUUAUCUCAAUCGUCCUUUAAACAUUUGUACUAAGUUUUGUGGUCAUACGAUGUCCCCUCCAUCAUCUCAGUUUUAGCCUGAAUAGGGCUAAACCUUCACAUAUGCCGAUUAGGGUUGCGCUUAUAAGAAAUAUUUGUCUUAUUGUUGUGGCCGGUUCCACUAAUAUAAAACUGUAUAUUAUGUUGAGGGAAUUCUAAGAACUUUUUCUCUAAAUUAAAAGGUAAAAGACUCAAAAUCAUAAACGAUAAACCGUAUGAAAUAAAAGAUAAAUUAUAUAAAUUCCAGUUCUCUCAACCAAGAGAUUGAUUGACAAUUUUAGAAUUUUAAGUAACUUCGCAAAGACUUUUUCGCUCCAUUUUUUGUUUAUUUUCAAAGGCCGUUUUGUGUGGCACUAUUUGUUAAUUUAUAGCAUAGGACGUUUUUAAUUUAAUAUUUUCUAUUUUAUAUAUUUUGUUUCUUAUUAUUUGUUUGCGAUUUGUUGUUGUAAUUUGGGUGCUUUCUAAACGUUUUUAGUUAUUUUUUGGGUGCUUCAAAAUUUUAGAAGAAUUUUGGGGCUUAAACGUUAUUAAAAGACAAAAAUGAAAUGUCAAUGUCGAUGCAAAAUUUUUGCAGAACUUAAUUUUCGCUAUUUUUUCGAAAAAUUAAGUUCUCCAAUAUUUGACGUUACAGAGCAAAUAAUUAAAAUCAGUUUUGCAAAAGUAUGCAAAAGUUGAUUAAUUUUAAAAAUAAGUUUUGCGAUUUUUUUUUAAAACUAUUGAAUGUCAAACACGUGAAAUCUUUCGAGACGACGAGUAAGAUGAAGAUUUUACCUAACAUACGCUCUUCACUUUCUUUGAGAAAUAUUUAAAAUGCAUAAUUAGAGUCCUAAAAAAACCUUAAAGAGAUAUUUUAUUUGCAAAAUUUUACCCCAAAAUUUUGAUUUUAAGCUUUAUCAAAUGUUAUGGAGUAUCUGUUAUGCUCAAUAUCUCGUAUGUAUUAAUAUUUAUUCGUUGUUAUUUUAUUAUUUUAUAACCUUGUGAGAUAUUUCUAUACACGCCUUUUUUAUGAGAAUAUGUGUUAUAAGAAUAUCAAGGCGAGAUUUCAGUUUAAUAACAAUACUUCCUUACUAACUAAUAAUUUUGGUAUUCUUAUAAAGAAGCGUGUAGUUGUAUCACAUUUUUUCAAAGAUCUUGACCUUGUACAAGUAUUUUUAUGUACUGAAUUUAUUAACUAAAAUAAGGUUGCAUGUAUAUUGUGUCACCACUUAACAAGUAUUAAAACGAAAAUAAAAAAUAAUCUGAUUUCACAAA